GGCUGCAAGCGAGCAGAUAUCACCGGCGGCAAAGGCGCCUCAUUGGCGGUCUUGACUUCAAUAUCACGGCAGUUUCAGCGAAUCGCCGUACCUAAAACCCUCGUGAUUACGACUCUCGCGAACGACCUGUUCCUGAAUGAUUCGGCCGCCCAGCAAGCAAUUAAUGAGCUCGGAGGAGUCGCUCGCGACGACCCCACGGCAGCACACCUGCGAAACGCAUGCGAACGCUGCAGAUCGACCGUGGAGAAAAUAGCUAUUCCAGAGAGAGUCGCGAGAAGCUUGGAGAGUAAGCUGGCGGUCUUCGGCGAUCUCAGUCGUGUUAGACUCGCGAUUAGGUCCUCUGCCGUGGGAGAAGAUACGGAAGGAAUGUCCGCAGCUGGGCAGAUGGAAACGUUCUUGGGAGUGCCCGCAGCGGACUUCGAUCAGGUCCUGGAGAAGGUUGCCAAGUGCUGGGCUUCCCAGUUCAGCUUCAGCGCCGUCAAUUACAAGAGGCAAUUCGGUAAGCCGAUCGCUUCUCGGAUGGCUGUCGUGGUACAAGAGAUGGUGCCGUCCCAGGUUUCUGGCGUGAUGUUCACCUGUGACCCGGUGACUGCUGAUCCCAGGAUCAUAACGAUAAGUGCUAAUUAUGGACUCGGCGAAUCAGCCGUCGGCGCUCGCGUCGACCCCGACCAUUUCACGGUGAUCCGGGCAGCCGGACAGGAGAUGAAGAUCGCGAGUCGCAGCAUCGGCAAGAAAAAGUUUUUCAUCACCCAGAACCCCGACGGAGGGACGGUUGAGUGGGAAGUCGGCGAGAACGAUUCGGAGAAGGCCUGUCUAACGGACGAUGUGAUAAUGAAGUUGGCCUCUGUCGGUCAUCAGGUCGAAUCUUGUUUCACCACCGCCCGAGACAUCGAGUGGGCCAUCGUGGACGAUCAGAUAUACCUCAUACAGAACCGACAUGUCACAACAAUAGCAAGAGACACCGAUUUUGAAAUUAUAAACGACAUGAAUGGAAACAUCAAAUCCGAGGGCGACAUUUUCUCGAAGGCUAACAUUUUAGAGAUAUUCCCGGGAGCGCUGUCGCCCCUCGGGAUUAGUACCCUGACUGCGACAUUUGACGUACUAUGUCGAGAGUUCCAGCUCCAAUGGAGAGAACUAGACGUCGUAGAGAGCUCACUCUACGUCACCGCCUCCAUUAACACCUUGCGAAAACAAAUUUUCCUGGACGCUAGUGAUAGUUUGCUGGGAGACGGAGGUGAGAAAUGGAGGAUGUUCGCGACACACGGAAGAGAUAUCUCAAAGGAAAAAGCUCUCGCAGAGGGUGUGAGGCGAGCUCCCCUACCUGCUGGCAGAUUCGCUGCUGCGAUGAGUCUUCUCUCGCUACCCAAGAUGUUCUUUCUCAAUCGGAACCUUGUGAAGAUCUCUGAGGGGAGCAAGUCGUUUAAAGUUCCCCUCAAGCCUUUCUCCAGCCUGGAACAGCUCAACGCGAUCGUCGUGGCAUUCAACGACGUCAAAGAGGCCGCUCUCGCUUGCUGCCACGCUUUCCUCGAAACCUCCUUCUUCGAUGGCAUGGUGAUGUCGCUCCUCGCGAAGUCAACGGCCGGCGAAAUGACGACAGAGAUCCUGGUCGCCGCAGCGAAUCUCCUGAAAGCGAGCGACCUGAUAGAGAGCGUCGAUGUCGUACUCAGUCUCGACAAGUUAGGAUCUCUCCUGCGCGAGCGCAUCGACAAAGACGAGUUCCUUAGCAUGAGCCCAGAUAAAGCACUCGAAUGGAUCAACUCAUCCGAAUCCGAAGUCGGCGUCAUGUUUUCGGAGUUCUUGGAGAGACACGGACAUCGAUGCGUGAAGGAGUUCGACGUACAGAGUGAAACAUGGGCUAUGCGGCCAACUUCAUUGGUCAAAGCCCUGCAAGCCAUCGCGCGGACGACGCGGGAGGCAAGGACUUCCGCUCCUCAGGGAAAAUCGAUCGGGAAUCUCGGGAACCUGCGACUGUCCUACCUACAGAGAUUCCUUUUGCACGUCUUCGUCCCGAGGGCUCGGAAAGCGAUCGCUCACCGGGAGAUCGCCAAGUCCGGCAUUGUCAGGAUAAUACACCAGCUUCGCUUAGCUUUCCACACCUUGGCGGAACUGAUGGUCUCCGAGGGUCGCCUGCCGCACAAAGAUCUGGUGUUCUACCUGAGUGUGGACGAGCUACAUCGUCUCAUAACAAGUUGUCAACACAAGCUUAUCUCCCGGGCGAUUCGCCGACAGCGGCUCCAUCCGCGACUCGACGACGAGAAAUAUCCGCUACUGCUCUACGGCUUCCCCAGAAGAUGUGAACCGAAAGAGCUCAGGAGAGCUGUUAUGGAGGUCACCGGAACACCCAUAUGCCAAGGAGUUGUCGACGGACGCGCCCGCGUCAUAAAAAAUUUCGGAAGGGAGGCCCAUCGCAUAGAAAAAGACGAGAUCCUCAUCACUACGGCCACCGACUUGGGAUGGACCCCGUAUUUCCCUCUGCUGGCUGGCGUAGUGACCGAAGCCGGGGGUCUGAUUUCACACGGAGCUGUUGUGGCCAGAGAGUACGGAAUUCCUUGCGUUGUCGGUAUCGAGAACGUCACCGAGAUAUUCGGCACGGGAGACCUAGUAAGACUCGAUGCGACGCACGGAGUCGUCCGCAUAAUACAAAGAUCGCGAUGAUACUGAACGCGCUCCAUGUCAGUGUUCACGGGAUGUCAAUAAAAUGUGUG